AUGACCGAGUCUCAAAACGACCUCUACGACUACACUUCAGGGCGUUGGGUCUACAACGACGCUCUUCGCCACAAGGAGCGGAAGGUCGUUUUCGAUGUCGACGGGUUGUGUCGACUUGCAGCCGAGUCUGUGAAUCAAAGUCCUAAGGAUGUCGUCAGCAUAUCUAAGCUCGCUGAGGGCGGUUUCAACCGCACCUUCGUCGUCGCUCUGCGCGACGGUCGGCAGGUGGUCGCCCGGGUUCCCUACCCCAUGACGGUCCCUAACUACUACGCCGUCGCCAGCGAGGUGGCUACUAUCAAGUACCAGCGGUCCUGCGGGAUCCCUGUCCCUGAGAUAUACGGGUACUCGGCCGACUCGGACAAUGACGCUGGAACCCCGUAUAUUCUUAUGGAAUUCGUUCGCGGCCCAAAGCUCAGCGAGGUCUGGCCCAGCCUCGGGGACGAGGAAGUCAUCUCUCCAUUUCCCGCUGGCGGAAGCCUGUACCCCACCAAAGACCUCGAGAAGGUCGCCUCAGGGCUGGGCGUGCCUCUGGAGGACAAGCGUUUCUGCGUCGGCCCGGACACGAAGCUAGCGUUGUGGUAUGGGAGAAGGGCAGGGCUCGAUGUAAAUCGAGGACCGUAUCAUAGCGCCGAAGCAGCUCUCGCGGCAGCGGCGCAGAAGGAGAUCGCCUAUCUGAAGCACUUCGGAAAACCGCUCCUACCGCUGCGGCGCGAAAGGAGGCCCAGUUAUAAGUACCAGCUGCAGUCGCCGUUGGACCAUGUCGAGAACUUGGAGCGGUACCUCGGCAUCACGUCGUCGCUCGUUCCUAGGGACCCCGCUUUAAGUCGUUUCUACAUCCGCCAUCCAGACCUCCAGCCGAACAACAUAUUCGUGUCUUGGUCGCCCGGCUCCGACUGCAAAAUCGUCAGCCUGUUUGACUGGCAACACACGUCUAUCCUACCCAUGUUUCUCCUCGCCGGUAUUCCCCAACGCCUCCAGAACCACGCAGACGGCGCGUCGCAGUCCAUGACGCCGCCCUCUCGACCGGAGAACCUCGACGAGAUGGGCGAAGCUCAGCGAGACGGCGAGGAGUACCGCUACCGUUGUCGCCUCGUUCACUACCACUACGUCACCAGCACGAUGGAGUGCAACCCGCUCCACUACGCCGCCUUUACGGACCGUCUGUACGCGCUCCGUGGUCGACUCUUCCUGCACGCUGGUGGCCCGUGGGAGGGCGAGACCUCCGACCUGAAGGCUGCGCUUAUUCAAGCCGCGAACAGGUGGGAGGAGCUUACGGGCGGAGGCGUGCCGUGUCCCCUCGAGUUCGACGCCAAGGACCUAGACGAGACGGCGGUGCUGGAUAAAGAACUGAGCGAAGCGACCUGGGGCUUCGAGUUCUUACAGUCCCAGGGCGGCGUCGGGGAGGAGGGCUGGGUACCGGCUGAGGACUACGAGGGUGCCGUGGCUUUCUUCAAGGAGUGGAAGGAGAAGGCGUUGGCGAAGGCCGAGUCGGCGAAGGAACGGGAGGAGAUUAAGGCUCACUGGCCGUGGGACGACAUGGACGAGGAGAUGUAUAUGUAA